AUGGGUGAAGCGUUUCUGGAUAUGUUUGCAGUCGACCCGAACCCAACUGGUGCUUUUCUCGACUUUGUUAAAGGUAUAUUGGCUGCACAGAAGGUUUCAGGGGCUGAAGAGGCGCCCCUCCCUCCGAAAAAAAGGAAACGAGCGACUACAUCUUCUCAGUUAUCUUUGGAGAGAUGUCGGGAGGACUUAGGGGGAGUCACUCGUGUACCUGGAGGGAAAGAUGUUGAUCAUUUACAUGCGGUUCGGGAGAAGUUGAAAUAUGCUCUGUUCAAAGCAUCGCAUGGUGUUUGGCGCAAAGGAUGGCCUGGAAAGGACACCCAACAGAAAUUGGCUAAACUGAAGAUUGUAUUGUGUGUCCAGCCCAAUGCACUCUCAGUUACACCGACCGAUUUUUGUGGGAGGUCAGCUAGUAUCUCGCAGGGGAAUGCCGAAAGACUACAUACAGCUAUUGAAAACGGCUGGGUUGAGCUACGAGGCCCGCCUGUGGUUGAUACUGUGCAAAAUCUGGGUGACACCAGUGAAGAUCAAACCGAGACACAAACCAACGAAUCCAAUCGAUUACGCGUACCGGUUGGCGCCAUGCCCCCUUCAGUUACUAUCAAAGCUAAGAAAAAACGACAGCCGAAGGGCCCCAGUUCUAGGAUAUCGACAUCGACUACUACCUCUCAAGAGAAGAAUCCCUCCUCCAGCUCCAAAUCCAACACAAAAGCGAUCCAAAAUAAAAAAACAAAUGUCAAAUCGAAAUCUGAUGCAAGGCAAGGGGUGGGGUCUAAGAAGAACAAAAAGCGAAAAACUCGGCUCUCUAAUGACGACUCAGAGUCCGCGGUUAGUUCAGGCACGUCCGAUGAUGAUGGGGAUGUAGAGGAAGAGCUCAUGCGAAACUACCAGGAUGAGGACAGAGACGAUGAUCAAGACGACCAGGACGAACACGAUGAUCAAGACAACCAGGGCAGGGAUUAA